AUGGAUUCUCACAUCUAUGGUGUCUCCAAGAAAACCCUUUUUUUCUUUACUCUUCUUUGUCUUUCCGUUUACUCUAUCUCUGCAUUGCCCCAUCAGAAUAAAACUGGCAAUAGUACGGGUACGGGUCAGAUGAUAAACUCCAACUCGGUGCUUGUUGCGCUUCUUGAUUCACAUUACACUGAGUUAGCUGAGCUCGUUGAAAAAGCUCUCCUUCUACAAACCCUCGAAGAAGCUGUUGGCAAACACAACGUCACCAUCUUUGCACCAAGAAAUGAAGCUUUAGAGCGUCAACUUGACCCCGAAUUCAAACGGUUUUUACUUGAACCCGGUAAUCUCAAAUCUCUCCAAACCCUCUUGUUGUUCCACAUUAUCCCCCUACGGGUCGGAUCCAAUGACUGGCCGGGUCGCAAGUCAAACCCCACAAGACACACAACACUCUGCAACGACCAUCUGCACUUAAUCACCAAGAAUUCAGGCGAAAAGCUUGUCGGAUCCGCCGAACUGACUCGACCCGACGACGUGACCCGACCAGAUGGUGUUAUUCACGGCAUUGAGCGGCUUCUGAUCCCACAGUCAGUUCAGGAAGACUUCAACAGGAGAAGAAAUCUGAGAUCCAUAUCAGCUGUAUUGCCUCAAGGAGCACCAGAAUUUGAUCCCAGAACCCACAGAUUGAAAAAACCCGAACCACCAGCUCGCGCAGGGUUAGUAUCUGAAGGUUACGUGCUUACGGUUUUGGCACCAAAUGAUGAAGCCAUGGCUAAGUUAACAACAGACCAGUUGAGUGAACCAGGGGCACCAGAGCAGAUUAUUUAUUACCAUAUAAUCCCUGAGUACCAAACUGAAGAGAGUAUGUAUAAUGCUGUUAGGAGGUUUGGGAAAAUAGGGUAUGAUACGUUAAGGUUGCCACAUAAAGUUGUGGCCCAAGAAGCUGAUGGGUCGGUUAAGUUCGGGUCCGGUGAUGGGUCGGCUUAUUUGUUUGACCCGGAUAUUUAUACAGAUGGGAGGAUUUCAGUUCAAGGGAUUGAUGGGGUUUUGUUUCCUGAAGUUGAGAAAGAAAGUACUUCUGUUAAGAAAUCCGUCAGCCCUGUUAAGGUUGCCACUACCAAGCCAAGAAGAGGGAAAUUAAUGGAAGUAGCUUGUAGAAUGCUUGGAACUUUUGGACAGGAUUCACAUUUCACUACAUGUCAAUGA